GUUUUGUUCGUCUGGUUAAUUCGUUACUUUUUUAUAAUACUUUUGUAAUUCGUCUUAAUAUAGAAAAAAAAAAAUGGUUAACUCGGACAUUUCAGUAACAGAAGCUAAUCAAGAUGCGAUUGACAAAACUUUUAACCCUCUUAAUUUUGAUUUUAUGAAAGCUGUCAGUCAACUAUCAACUUUAAUUGACAGAUCAACUUUUGGUAAUGAAAGUUUCGACGUUCUUCAUACACCAAACUUAGCAACUUCAAAAUCUCAAUUACUUGAUGCAGUGUCCAAAGCAAUGCUUAAUCCAAAGUGGACCCUCAGCACCAUUUCUUUAUUUCGACCUAUUGUAAUUGACCUUGUUGCUCGCUGGACUUUACCCGGAUUCGCAGAUUUUUUAGAUCAUGCUUCCACAUUGACAAAUACUAGCAAAACUGUAUAUAAAAUUGAAUUAAUUGCGAAAGCUUUUAGUGUUACUUUGCCUAUUAUGCCUCAAGUUAAAAGCUUAGCGGUAACAUAUUUUACACAUUCAGCAUCUUUAUUCGAAAGACUAAACCAUUUAAAUAAUUACGAUGAUUCAAAGAUUGUGGACGAAUUACAAGAUCUGCUUUUAACAACUUACAGGUUACUUAUUUUUUCAACAUCGACAUUCAAAUCACUUUGGAAUUGGGGACCUUUAGUUCAGUUACUUCAGUUUCAAAAUCCCUGUAUCCGUUAUAUCACUAUCUUAUGUCUUAGUAAAGUUUACGGAUUAAGUGACGCACAAGUUAAAAGUUUACUAUCAUCUAUUGUUGGUACAGAACACACUUUGGAUGAAUCAGACAAGCCCUUAUAUAUCACAAUCAAUGGGGAAAGUGUUGAUCUUAGAUUUUUAAGUUUAUGGGAACAACAGAGUUUAGCAGAUACUCAAAUAUCAUACCUGCACAACAAUUAUAUUAUAGAGGAUGAACAUAAUGAAUUGACAGAUAACGACUUAUGCUCACUUACAAGUAAUUUAUGUGGUGUAUUACUUCCGAAAACAUCACAUUCUACAUCAACUCAAAGUGCUUCCACCAGACACCCUUAUAAUCCAAAACUUGUCUUAACAAAAACAACAUUUAAAAAUUUACAUGCUAUUAGUCUUACUUUAUCUAUUGGUACGCCCACAUUAUUAGAAGGUGUUACUGGUGCGGGAAAAACAGCCCUUAUAGAAGAACUUGCUUAUCGAACCAAUAGAGGAGCAGAACUAGUCAAAAUCCAUUUAGGUGAUCAAACAGAUCCAAAAGUAUUAUUGGGAACCUAUGUAUCUACUUCUACGCCUGGUUCUUUUCGAUGGCAACCAGGCGUUCUUACUACAGCUGUUUUAGAGGGUCGAUGGGUUUUAAUUGAAGAUAUCGACUUAGCUCCUGCUGAAGUUUUGUCAGUACUUUUACCUCUUUUAGAGACCAGACAUUUGUUUAUUCCUUCUCGUGGUGAAAAAAUUAAGGCAAAAGAAGGUUUUCAAUUAUUUGGUACUCGAUCAUUUGUACCUACAAAAUCUGGUAAAGGAAUGAGCAAUAGAGGUAGUAACUUGAUGACCGGUGCCAAUUUGUGGACAAGGGUGCAUAUCGAGCCUCUUUCUUUUGAAGAACUGGAAUUGGUAAUUCGUAAAAAAUAUGUUCAUAUUGGUGAUUUUGCACCUCAUGUUAUGAAGCUCUUUCAAACUGUCGUUGGGCUUUAUCAAGAUCCAAAUUUUUCAUCAUUAUCUUCUUCAACUAUGGGAAGAUUUUUAUCUACUCGUGACUUGAUGAAAUGGUGUCAUCGUGUUGAUGUUUUAAUUGGAGAGAAAUUAAACGAUAGUUCAGAAGUUGGAAUGGAUUUGACUCUUCGACAAGACUUAUUCAGCGAAGCAAAUGACUGUUUUUGUGGAAUGAUUUCUGAUUAUAACGUAUGGAUGACUGUCCUUGAAACUAUUGGACAACCAUUACAAAUUUCUAGUGAAUUAGUUCACAACUAUGUAGAUCAAUACAAGCCUACUUUAGUUGCAAACGAGUCAACUGUUCGAAUUGGCCGGGUCAAUUUGUCUUCCAUUGCUGCUUCUGGAAAGCAAAAACAAAAACAAGCGUUAAUUAAACGUGAGAAAAAAAGGCCUUUUGCAACAACAGGUCAUGCUUUGCGACUUAUGGAAAGGAUUGCUGUGUCUAUUCAUUUAAAUGAGCCUGUUCUAUUAGUCGGCGAAACAGGUACUGGUAAAACUACAGUUGUACAGCAUUUAGCAGAUAUGAUCCAUCAAAACUUGAUAGUUGUCAACUUGUCUCAACAAUCAGAUAGCUCUGACCUUUUGGGUGGCUUUAAGCCUGUUGAUGGUAAAGUGUUAGCUAUUCCAUUAAAGGAAGACUUUGAGCGUUUAUUUGAAAAAACGUUUUCAGUCAAAAAAAAUGUCAAGUUUUUGGAAAUGAUUCGCAAAACUUUCAUUCAUCAAAAAUGGACAAACUUUGUUGCACUUUUAAGGCAAGCUGUUAAAAUGUCUACUCAAAAAUUCGAAGCAGAACAAAGUGCAGAUAGUAAAAAAGUAUCCUCGCCUACUCUUCGUAAUGCUUGGAAAACAUUUGCUAAACGUGUAGAAGAAUUUGAAGUGCAACAGGUUCAAUCUCAAAAUAAAUUUGUUUUCAACUUUAUGGAAGGUUCGCUUGUAAAAGCGGUUCGUCGAGGUGACUGGAUUCUACUUGAUGAAAUUAACUUGGCUACUACUGAAACACUUGAGUGUCUUUCUGGCUUGCUUCAAGAUGCUCACGGCUCACUGUUACUGACCGAAAAAGGUGACGUUGAACCUAUUAAGCGUCAUCCUAAUUUCCGUCUUUUCGCUUGUAUGAAUCCUGCUACAGAUGUUGGAAAACGUGAUUUACCUCCUGGUCUUCGCAAUAGAUUUACCGAAUUUUAUGUUCAUCCACCUGAUAAUCGCUAUGAUGAUCUUUUACAAAUUGUUAAGCAGUAUCUUAUUGGUAUUGCUACUGGCGACGAGAAGGCAUAUGAUGAUGUUGCAGAAUUUUAUAUGAACGCUAAAAAGUUAGCUGCCGAGCACAAGCUUGUUGAUGGUGCUAAUCAACGCCCUCAUUUUAGUAUGCGUACUUUAGCUCGUGCAUUGACUUAUGUCGUUCAAAUUUUCCCCAUUUAUGGUUUAAGACGCUCACUUUAUGAAGGCUUUUGUAUGACUUUCUUAACUCAGCUUGAUAAAGAUAGUGAAGUAUUGAUGCGAGACUUAAUCCAUAAGACCAUACUACGUGGUAUACCAAAUCCACAUAACCUUAUCACCCAAAUUCCUCGCCAACCAGGUGAAGAUUUUAUUCAAUUUGGUUAUUUCUGGUUACAACAAGGCCAGUUCCCACCAAAAGAUGAUACUCGUUAUAUUUUGACUGAAUCUGUUGAAACAAAACUUUAUAAUCUCGCACGUGUCAUUAUGUCUAGAAAAUUCCCAGUUUUAAUUCAAGGUCCAACUUCUGCUGGUAAAACAUCAAUGGUAGAAUAUAUGGCAAAAAAGACUGGGCAUCGUUUUGUUCGUAUCAAUAAUCAUGAACAUACUGAUUUACAAGAAUAUCUUGGUACCUAUGUCUCUAAUAACGAAGGUAAACUUGUUUUCCAGGAGGGUGUGCUAGUUGAAGCUCUUCGUAACGGUUAUUGGAUUGUUCUUGAUGAACUUAACUUGGCUCCAUCGGAUGUUUUGGAAGCACUUAAUCGUUUGCUAGAUGAUAACAGAGAAUUGCUGAUACCUGAAACACAGGAAAUUGUCAAGCCUCAUCCACAUUUUAUGCUUUUCGCCACUCAAAAUCCUGCUGGACUUUAUGGUGGCCGUAAAGCUUUAUCUAGAGCAUUUCGUAAUCGUUUCCUUGAGCUUCAUUUUGAUGAUAUUCCAGAAAAUGAAUUGGAGACUAUUUUGUCAAAGCGUUGCGCUAUUGCACCCUCAUACUGUAAAAAACUUGUAAUGGUCUAUAAAGAGCUAAUGGAGCGUAGACAGAGCACACGUAUUUUUGAGCAAAAGCAUGGUUUUAUUACUCUUCGUGAUUUAUUCCGUUGGGCUGGCCGUGAUCCACAAGGUUAUCAAGAAUUAGCAGAAAAUGGUUAUAUGCUUUUAGCCGAAAGAUGUCGUAAAGAUGAAGAGAAAAAGAUUGUAAAACAAGUUCUUGAAAAAGUUAUGAAAGUAAAACUUUCCGAAGAAGAUAUGUAUGACUGUACAAAGCUUGAGGAAUUUGCUAUUUACGAUCGUAUACUUAAAGAAAAUGCAGCAAAAAGUGGUGAAGAUACAAAACUUGUAUGGACAAAGGCUAUGCGUCGACUUUUUAGUCUUGUUGCUCGUUGCCUUAAACAUAAUGAACCUGUCCUUCUAGUUGGUGAAACAGGUUGUGGUAAAACAACUGUCUGUCAAAUGCUUGCCGAAACUUACAACCGUGAGCUUCAUAUUGUUAAUUGUCAUCAAAAUACUGAAACUGGUGAUUUACUUGGUGGUCAACGUCCUGUGCGUAACAGAGAGUCCCUUGAAGAUAAUGACAAACAACAUCUUUUUGAAUGGCAUGACGGUCCUCUUGUACAGGCUAUGAGAGGUGGUCAUUUAUUUUUACUAGAUGAAAUCUCUCUUGCCGAUGAUUCUGUGCUUGAAAGAUUAAACUCUGUUCUUGAGCCUAGUCGUCUCUUAGUUCUUGCUGAAAAAGGUGGUAAAAAUGUAGAAGAGCUAUAUGCUCAUACAAACUUCCAGUUUUUAGCUACUAUGAAUCCUGGUGGCGAUUAUGGUAAGAAGGAACUUUCUCCUGCAUUGAGAAAUCGUUUUACGGAAAUUUGGGUUCCUUCUGUUACAGAUAGAGAUGAUUUAAUCUCAAUUAUUAAUGAGCAAAUGUCACAUCCUGCUCUUAAAGGUUAUAGCAGUAAGAUGCUUGAUUUUAUUGCCUGGUAUACUCAAGCUAUUGGACAAAGUCGAACUGUUGUUUCUCUUCGUGAUAUCCUUUCUUGGGUCAAAUUUAUAAAUAUAGCUGUUGAUUCUGGAUUGGAUCCCGAACUUAGUUUUGCACAUGGUGGCUGUUUAGUAUUACUAGAUGGUUUAGGGUCUCAUGGUUCUUCUGGUUCAUUCUUAACUGGACAAACAUUAAAAGAUUUUAGACUAAAAUGCCUUCGUCAUCUUUCAGGUAAAUUUGAAGCUACUGAACAGGAGAUUCUAGGCGAUACUAAAGACAAGUUGCAAAAUAUUGGUGAUAAAUUUGGUAUUGGCCCUUUCCAAAUUCCCCGUGGACAAUUGACAAAAACGGAUAUUAAAUUUACUUUAUUGGCACCAACUACAUCUGACAAUGCAAUGCGAGUAGUUCGUUCUAUGCAAUUAAAGAAACCUAUUUUACUUGAAGGUAGUCCUGGUGUGGGUAAAACCAGUUUAAUUUCCGCCUUAGCAGCUGCUUCUGGUCAUAACUUGAUUCGUAUCAAUCUAUCUGAACAAACAGAUUUAAUGGAUCUUUUUGGUUCUGAUCUUCCUGUUGAAGGUGGUAAUAGUGGUGAGUUUGCUUGGAGAGAUGCACCAUUUUUGCAAGCAAUGAAAGCUGGCGACUGGGUCUUAUUAGACGAGUUAAAUUUAGCGUCUCAAUCUGUCUUAGAAGGCCUUAAUUCAUGUUUAGAUCAUCGUGGCGCAGUAUACAUUCCUGAACUUGACCGAGAAUUUUUCUGUGAUAAGGAGUUCCGUGUAUUUGGUGCACAAAACCCUCUUCAGCAAGGUGGUGGCCGUAAGGGUUUACCUAAAUCAUUCGUUAAUCGUUUUACACAGGUCUAUGUAGAACAAUUGACAUCAGAUGAUCUUUUGUUCAUUUGCUCUCAUCUUUUCCCUGAGUUUGAGCCUGCAACUUUAGCAAAGAUGAUCGAGUUCAAUAGUAGAAUGUAUGAAGAAACGAUGAUACGUUGUAGUUUUGGCCGAAAAGGUAGCCCUUGGGAAUUUAAUUUACGUGAUGUUUUCCGUUGGCUUGAAUUAAUGCAAAAAGAUAAUGUUAAUGACCCUGCUGAGUUCCUUGAUAUUAUUUACAUGCAACGUAUGCGUACUCAUGAAGAUCGUGCACAAAUUAUUCGUUUAUAUGAAUCUGUCUUUAAUAUUAAGUAUGACCGUCCUGCUAAACCACAUUACGAAGUUACUGCUGAUUCGUUUAUUGUUGGCCAUUCUCGUCUGGCUAGAAGCCAAACAAAUAAUCUUACUAAUGCACUUGAUCAUGAGGACCAUAUUUUACAAUCAUUUUUAUCUCCUCUCCAAGCAUUGAUAAAAUGUGUCGAAUCUUCUUGGAUGGCCAUCUUAACUGGCCCUUCUGCUUCUGGAAAAACAUCUCUUGUUCGUUUGCUAAGCAAAAUGACUGGAAAUCGUUUGGAAGAAUUUGCCAUGAAUAAUAGUGUUGAUACUAUGGAAUUACUUGGUGGUUUUGAGCAAGUUGAUUUGAAUCGCCAUCGUCAAGUUAUAAUUGACACUCUUCGCCAAAUGGUUAGCUCUGCAUCCAAAAAUUUAAUAAUGUACCUCACUACUCUAUCUUCUGGAAAUGAACAAUAUGUUACUGUUUUACAACUUAUUCGACAACUUAAUGAUUCUUGGUAUACACUUGAAAGUGAGCAGCAACUGAAACUUACAUCAACUGAUCCAGAGUCUGGAAAAUUGGAUUAUACUCUUGUAUAUAAUGUUAUCAACUGUUUAAAUUCUGCAUCUGUUAUUGAUGAACAUGCUCAAGAAUCUCUUAAAGCUAUUACUCAGUCUAUUCAGAACCUUCAAAAAAUUGAAAAGGAAUCUGUUGCUGGUAAAUUUGAAUGGAUUGAUGGUCUUUUGAUUAAUGCUCUAGAAAAAGGUUAUUGGCUCCUCGUUGAUAAUGCUAACUUAUGUAAUCCAUCUGUUCUUGAUCGUUUAAAUCCUCUUUUCGAGAAUAAUGGUGUUCUUAUGGUUAAUGAGCGUGGCCUUGUUGAUGGUACAGUUAAGGUUAUCAAACCUCAUCCUAAUUUUAGAAUAUUUAUGACUGUUGAUCCUCAAAAUGGUGAACUUUCUCGUGCUAUGAGAAAUCGUGGUAUUGAAAUCUCCUUGGUAGAUUCAAACUGGAAUAGCAAUGUUCAAGAUGUAGUAAAGCUUACUAAUUCAAUUGGAUUACGUGGUCCUCAGCUUCCUUUGAUUUUAAACAAACUACAAGAAGAGGCUGUUGCUAAACGUAGACAUUUUGCUAAAGAUGCAAAUGUUCGUGAUUACAUUUUAUUUGCUACUUAUCUAGUUGAGCGUCUUCAACGUGGCCAAUCACUUAAAUUCGCUAUUCGUGAGUCAUUUUUCCAAGUUUUUGUUGAUGUUAAAGAAGCCCCAGAAUCACUUAUUUCCAUGCUUGAAGCCAACCUUGAAGAAGAUUUGUUACAAAUGAUGCUUUCGCCUACUAAUUCACCACUUCUUAUUGGUGGUCAAUUAUAUCAAGAGGAUUCUACACUUGCUACUAUUGCGCUUCAAGGCGCUUAUCUUAUUUAUUUAUUGCAAACUCUUGAUAUAGAGAAUCCCAGUUCGCUUAGGAAAAUCGAGGUUGCUUGUGAUUACUUUUUGGAGCAUUUAACGUAUCAGGAUCAUGGCGCUCGUCUUCGUUGGUUAAAUUAUAUGUCUCGACAAGUCACUAAAUCUAAGUCAGCACUUUUGGAACGCUUAUGUUACUUAAUUAGAGAGGUAUAUCAACAUCCUCUAUACAUCGAGCUUUCAAAGAUUCGAUCUAAUUUGAAAAAUGACAACAACUUUGUGCUGGAACAUACUUUUAAUGCAUAUCGUUUGCUAAUUCGACUUUAUAAGCAAGAGUAUGCUGAUAAAAAUAUGCGUAAUGCUACCUAUCAUCUUAAAAUAGGCAACUUAACUUCUCUUCAGCAAUCUUAUUGCUUUCAUGAAGGUCGUUUGUCAGAGAAUCAAUUAUCACAUUCUAUCAUUCCUAAACUUUAUCCUUUCUUUGAAUCCAUUAAAUCUGCCUUUACUGUCUGGAUCAAUCAAGGAUGUUAUUAUAAUUGCACUAAUGAAGUAUUUGAAAUAUUUAACAAAAUAUUAGAUGCUCGUGAUUAUGCCUGGAAUCUUACUCAAAUGCAAAGCCUUAGCUUGGAUAAUUUCCUGAUUAUUUUAAGGAUAAUGAAAGAUCUUAUGUCUUCUAAAGGCAGUGAAUAUACAUUAAUGAAUUCUGUCAUCGCUCAUAUUGAGGAUAUCAUGUCUGGUUUUGACUUCAACACUAGUCAAUCAAUGAAGGCCCUUUGGAAAUACUUUUGCCCUUCUACUUUAUCUUCAGAAUCUUUGCAUGAACUUGAAAUGAAAUUACAUAAAGCCAAUGAAUUGAUGAAUUGUUACAGAUUUGACUCUGAUGAAAGCCUCAGCCCUAAAUCUCUUGUUUUGCAUGCUAAAGUCGAAGCUAAAGAGGCUUUAGUAGAAGGUAUUGCUGCGCUCUAUGCUAUUGAUGAAAAUGACACUAGUACCUCUGAAAAAGCCAUGAAACCACUUCAUAACUUACCUGAAUAUAUUAAUCGAGAACUUGAAUCUUCAACACCUAACUUAGAUUCUAUAAGAAGAGAAACAUAUUGGGACACAGCUUUAAUACCUAUUUACGAUUAUACUAGCAUAGUUACCGAAAUGAAUCUAAUUGCUCAAUUAUAUACAGCUGCAUGUGAUUCUUCAGACAUUAAUACAGAUGAUUUAAUUGAGGAAUUGAUAGAAUUCAGAAAAUUUGCGUUCACGAAAACAUCUCGCCCUCCUUUGGAUAUGGUUCCUUAUCAACGUAUCACUUGGCUCUUGGAUUCAAAAAAGACAAUAAACUUUUCAUCUGCAUUCCCUGGUAUGGUUCAAGAUGCAGCUGUUACUUAUCAUCAGCGUCUUUGGCGCUCAAGUAUUUAUCAGAAAAAUCUUCACCAAUUAGUAUCUUCUGAUGAAGAGAGUGCUUUUGGAAUAACUGAAGGUCCUCUUAGUUUAUUUGAAAAUGUAGAAACAGUUAUAUGCUUAAAUAUUCUUAAUUCAAUUGAGAAAAUGCCUGUAGAUGCUUAUGAAAAUGCUCUUACCCAAUUAAAGAACUUGAAGAGCUUUUUGGUUUCUAAUUUUAAUUUGAAGAAUAGAAAGCUUCUUGAAGUUGCAAUAGUUAUCGCUAUUGCACGCCAGAAGCCGACAACAAUAAACAAUUCGAAGCCAUUAUUCACCAAUUUAAUCAUAUUGCCUCAUUUACUCAUACUAUUUUGAAAUUCUCUAUUUACUCAACUGAAAAUAUCACUCCUCAAUUUAAUACUGCUGUAGAUAUUCUCCUUCAAAUUUUGGAACUUGCAAAAGCUGCUAAAAUUAAUUCAUUUUACAUAUCAGCACUCCAUGCUAUUAAAGACAGUAUCCAGAAUUUACAACAUCAAAACAA